UUUAUUUAUUUCUUUUUAUUUAUUUUUUAACUCUCGUCUCAAUGCUAGAAAAAAAGUUGGAGAAAGAGGGAAUUCGAGGUGUCACCCAGAGCUGGAGCUAUCUCACUCCUGCACGAGCGAUGGAGGAGAAAGGAGCCUAAGUUCAUCACACUAGGUGGCCCAACAGCCACUUGACCCCUGGCCUCAGUGUAGGAACCUGUAGCAAUGGGCUUGACCUCUUAUCUUGGCUGUGAACAUCACCACUAGGGAGAGGCAGAGGCUUGCAGAAACCCCAACUUGCUUUCUGGUAGCGCAAAGACCAGGCUGAAGUAAAGCGGGGGAGUGAGGGAGGGUUAGAAAUACUUGACCAGAGGGCUAGAAGGGCAAUGUCAGAGUAGGUUUAACCCUGCCGCUGGCCGGCUCCAGAGGGCUCACUCUGGCCUUGCUCCGGGGUGAAGGUAGUGGGGGUGAGCUCCCUCUUUGCCAUCUUAGUCGCUUAACUGGUGUCCCGGCGUUGGUGACGCGAAGCUUCGAGGCGGGGGGUGGGGAGGAGGGAGAGGAAGAGGCAAAGAGAAGUCCUGCCGUCCCCCAACCGGGCGCCCAGGCGUGGAAACGUGGGCGGCGGCGAGCGGCUGGCCUCCCUCCCCGCCCUCCCCGCGCGGCGCUCCCGCGUGUGCGGCUGUGUGAGUGCGUGUGUCUCCCUCUCUCCUAUCGCACACGCUCCGGCACUAGUGCAGGCGGUUCCCGGCUCCGCUCACUCGCUCCGGUCGCUGCGCUCCCGCCUAGCCGCCGCCGCCGCUGCAGUCGCAGCCCGGCAUGGACCUGCCCGGACGGGACCACGCCGCCGCUGCCGCCGCCUCCGGGAGCCGCGCUUCGGGGCCGGCCUGAGCCGAGUCGCGCGGAGCCGCCGCUGCCGCGGGCGGGGGAUGGGGCUGCCCGCUAGGCGCGCGGAGCCCGCAGGGGGAGCGCGGAGCCGGCGCGCAGCCUGAGAGCCCCGCGCAGCCCGCGCCCCGCCGCUCCGUGCGCUCCCGCCGCCGCCCGCGCCUCGAUGGCGCCAUCUCCCCGCCGCUGACCGGUCCGUCUCGCCUUUCCAGCCCGCCCGGCCGCCCUCGGAGCCCGGCCAGCCGCCGGGGCAGCGGCCUGCAGCCCGCGUCCGCCCGCGCCCUCCCGCCCGGCCCCGCCAUGGCGCUGCGCCGCCUCCUGCUGCCGCCUCUGCUGCUGUCGCUGCUGCUGUCGCUCGCGUCCCUGCACCUGCCGCCCGGCGCAGACGCCGCCCGCGGCCGCUCCGGGAACCGGACCCUGAACGCGGGAGCCGUCGGAGGUCGGCGUGCUGGGGGCGCCCUGGCCCGAGGCGGCCGCGAACUAAACAGCACCGCCCGAGCGUCCGGCGUCCCGGAGGCGGGCAGCCGGCGGGGACAGUCCGCAGCAGCGGCAGCGGCGGCGGCGGCGGCGGCCAGCGCGACUGUUACUUACGAGACGUGCUGGGGCUACUACGACGUGAGCGGCCAGUACGACAAGGAGUUCGAGUGCAACAACAGCGAGAGCGGCUACCUGUACUGCUGCGGCACCUGCUACUAUCGCUUCUGCUGCAAGAAGCGCCACGAGAAGCUGGACCAGCGCCAGUGCACCAACUACCAAAGCCCCGUAUGGGUGCAGACGCCCAGCACCAAGGUAGUGUCGCCGGGGCCCGAGAACAAGUACGACCCGGAGAAGGACAAGACCAACUUCACCGUCUACAUCACUUGCGGGGUGAUCGCCUUCGUCAUCGUGGCGGGCGUCUUCGCCAAGGUCUCCUAUGACAAGGCCCACCGCCCUCCGCGAGAGAUGAACAUCCACAGGGCUCUGGCUGACAUUCUAAGACAACAGGGACCAAUCCCCAUAGCACACUGUGAAAGAGAAACCAUCUCGGCCAUCGAUACCUCUCCCAAAGAGAACACGCCGGUCCGAUCAACCUCCAAAAACCACUACACCCCUGUGCGCACAGCCAAGCAGACUCCAGGGCAUUAUGGGAAGGAUGCUUACCGAAGUGGAGGACCAGAUCUCCAUAACUUCAUCUCAUCUGGAUUUGUCACAUUAGGAAGAGGACACACGAAGGGUGAUCGUCAGUAUAAUCAUCCGAUCUUAAGCAGCGCUACCCAGACCCCUACACAUGAGAAGCCACGGAUGAAUAACAUUCUGACGUCGGCCACGGAACCCUAUGACCUCUCCUUCUCACGCUCUUACCAGAACUUAGCCCACUUGCCUCCAUCAUAUGAAUCUGCAGUGAAAACCAAUCCAAGCAAGUACUCGUCUCUGAAGAGGCUAACGGACAAGGAAGCUGAUGAGUAUUACAUGAGAAGGAGGCACCUGCCAGACCUUGCAGCCCGUGGUACCCUCCCCCUCAAUGUCAUCCAGAUGUCUCAACAGAAGCCACUUCCUCGAGAACGGCCACGCAGGCCCAUCAGGGCCAUGUCCCAGGACAGGGUCUUGUCUCCACGUCGGGGAUUGCCAGAUGAAUUCGGCAUGCCCUAUGACCGCAUCUUGUCUGAUGAACAGCUGCUCUCCACAGAGCGCCUGCACUCCCAGGACCCGUUGCUGUCCCCAGAGAGGACAGCCUUCCCGGAGCAGUCGCUGUCGCGGGCCAUCUCGCAUACGGACGUCUUUGUGUCCACGCCAGUGCUGGACCGCUACCGCAUGACCAAGAUGCACUCCCAUCCCAGUGCCUCCAAUAACUCCUAUGCCACCCUGGGCCAGAGCCAGACAGCAGCCAAGCGCCACGCCUUUGCCUCUCGCAGACACAACACGGUGGAGCAGUUACACUAUAUCCCAGGCCAUCACACCUGCUACACAGCCAGCAAGACUGAAGUGACCGUGUGACCAACAAUGUGGCCAGGGCUGCUUGGCAGAGUCAGGGCAGGACAGAGCAGAGUAGGGCAGGGGCGAGGAGCAUCCCGCCUUGCUCUCCUCCCCUCCCUGGAUCCCCCCAUUAAAGCUGGAGGUGGGCUGCCUUUGUCCAGAAAGCCAUACCCCCAGGGAGAUGGCACCAAAUGCCUGGUCCAACAAGCACGGACCUAGGCUCUUUAAAGCUCUUUCUCUCCCAGUAGACUUCCCCUGUAGAUGAGAAGUGUAGUGAGGUUCAAGUCUUUCGAACACCUACACCACUCCCUCAGUCCCUGCCCCGCCCCUUCCUGGGGACUCAGCUGCGGGUUCUGCCAACCAGUGGACCCUCUCCUGAAGGUAAUCGGAAGCUGCCUGAGUUUGAACAGCUAGCUGGCUAGAGGGUGCAGUCAGUGGGCUGACCGAAUAGGCUACUCGGUCUUCUUCCUUUAUCUACAACUGCAUCGCAGAUAAUCUCUUAGUGCCUAAAAACUGCCUGCUCGCUCUCAGCCAGAGAGCUGCUGUGUCCAUAAGCACAAUAUGAUUCUCUUCCGCCUGCUGGAACUCUGGUCUCUACCGAGUGGCCCUUCCCUCGCUGAGCCCUGCAGCCCAACAACGGGGAGGGGUCCCUUCCUGCAGCUGCUUGGUUGCCCCUGCCUCUGCUGUGGGGACUCUGUUCUCCCAGCAUUCACUGUUUCUCCUCAAAGCUCUCUGGGGUUUAAGCUCUUGCCCCCAAGAGGGGGCAUUAGCCCUUGCCCUCCAGAGAGGAGUAGCGACAGGUUGCCAGGACUUUAGAGGUGCCUCGGCAACCGCCUGAUUGUCUCCUUACUUCCUCCAGGCCUCAGGUCUGAACUAGGACCUCCUCUCAGGCCUGCCUUCUUCACCUGAGCUCUGCUCCCAGGAGGCACCUGCGGUGGGCAGAGAGCUAGGGUCGGGAGGACCACUGUGAUGCCCAGGGUCUCAGGGGCUCACCAUUUCCAUUUUCUAGGGCUCUGCCUGUCCCCCCAUCCAUGAGCCUCAGGCAGAAGUUUCCAGACACAGACAGAAGAAGCUUAGCCCUCAAAAAAGCAGGAACCCUCUGAGGUGGUCAUGCUAGACCCUUCCCAGUCCUUUCCAUCAUCUUUGCCCACACCACCACCCCUUUUCUGUUUAGAACCCUUUCUUUCUCCCUCUGUUCUCUCCCAGACCUAUCUCCCACCUUGCUGUCUGCAGCUCCAUUACUUUUCUCAGUCAGUGGAUCCAAGGGACCAAGAUCCAUUGGCAGAUGCAAAUAAAUAAUGGUGUCCCAGGAUGUUGCUCUGGGGACUGUUUUGAGCUUUCUUCCUUGCAGGAAUGCUUGGGCAUAUGGCAGAGGCAUCUUCAGCUCUGUGAAAGACCCCAUUGCCAGCCCAGCUCAGCCCCAUCUUUGCCUCCAACCUGAAGGGGGACAAGAUGUAACCAGCUACUGAUCCAAGAUCAGAAGGAAGAAGACAAUGAGACAAAACACACACACACACACACACACACACACACACACACACACUUCUGAGGGCCAGAGCACCUCUCUGGGACUGGGGAGAAUCAGUCCAGAAUGUCUUGUGGAGAGAUAAAACCAUCACUUACCAGACUCCAGCAGCAAUGCCCUUACAUCAGAUUUUAUACCCCUGCCCCCAGUUCUGCAUGGAUAACCCUUAAAAGUGAGAUGGUGAGAAGCUUGCAUUCACUCUGGUCAUCUUUAAUCCAGCCAAGUCUAGAGAGCCACAGAGAAGCCAGAGGACUGCUUUCCCUUCCUACUUUCAAGAGCUGUAGGUUCUCCUGAGCCCCUUCCCAGAAUCCCCCCCCUCCAUGAGCAGCUAUGUUCUGCAUAACCCAGAAGGAUUGAAACUGGGGUUUCUAAAGGUAGUCCUUAGCCUCCCCACUGAGGGGGUGUCCCUGGCACUAUGUGGCCAUUCUGCUUUGCUCCCUGCAAAUACAAACCUUCUUAAGGGCUGGUCCCCAUUGGGUCUAUGAGCAUUUGUUGCAGAAGGUAAGGCUCACAGGAAGAGAGGAACUCAAUCCAAAUAGAGAAUGGCUCACUUUCAGAAGCAAAGGCGUGUCUGACAGCUGGCCCCCAGCCCAGCACCUUGUAACUCUCCUUAACCCUUAGCCAGUCUCUUUGAAGGCCAUGUGCUGGUGCAAAGGGGGAAGGGCAAGACUGUGGUGGGCAAGAAUCCCCUCCCAUGUGUUUGUACAUCCCAUGGAAAAUCUUUCAGACACCAAGUUUUGCAGCCUUUGGGGAGCAAGACCUUAUCCCAGGCUCUUCCCCCAGCCUUGGCUCUCACAAUGUGUCUGUCUGUCUAGCUUCUUGUCUGUCUGUCUGUCUGUCUGUCUGUCUGUCUCAGGGGCUGUUUGAUAAGUUGUUUUCCAAACUAUUUCUCAUCCCUGCCUUAUCACCAUCUGGUAUAAAGUACCUGGCAUCAGUUACAUCAGAAAAUUCUAAUGUAAUGCUUGCUUCUCCUGAAGGCUUUUCUUGUGCUUCAUCCUUGGAAGGAAAACAAUAACAAAUAUAACUCUACAAACUAUGUUAAUCCAGUCCCCCCUCCAAACUCCAGAAAACUGUGUCUUAACUGGGACAUGGAAAAAACAGUAACCAACCCCCAUCUUCAGUUUUGCAUGACUCCAUUUCAAUUACCUGUAGACAACCAUGAUCCAGAAAUAUUUAUAUUUGUCUUAACUCUUUUGAGAGAGUCCACAAUUACAUAGCUUUUAUUACAGUAUAUUCUUAUAACUUGCCCUACUUUAUUAUUGUCAAUCUCUUUCUGUGCCUAAUUUUCAAAUUAAACUUUAUUGUAUGUAUACGAAGAAAAACACAAUACCUAUAUAGAGAGUGUGGGACUAUGUGUGGUUUCGAGCACCCAAUGGGAUUGUUGGAGCUUAUCCCUCAGUGAUAAGGGAAAACCACUAGAUCCCCUCAACUCAUCUGUCACUCCAGAACCAGCUAGCUCUGUUGCUAUAUGAAGUCACUUGAGAGUGUCUGGGGCUGGAACCCUGGUCACUGCUUCUAACCCAAGCAGGCUGGUAUCCUCUGUCACAUAGGAGGGGCACGGACCCCUUGUGAUAAACACUCAUAUCCCAAGGAAACCCAAGACUUCCUUCUGCAUGUCUUCACUGCCCUGGACUUAGGUAUGUAUAGGUCUCACUUACCCCAAGUAUUCUUCCUGAAGAUCUCUUACCACACCCAUCCAUCACCACUCCUUUCUUACCCCCUCCAGUGAACUCUUGGCUGCAUAUAUUCAUGAGCCACAAAAGCUUGCCAAUAAUUCCUUAACCUCCUAAGUGGACUUUGACCGUUAGAAUUCCCCAGUGUCUUAGGCAAUGUGUUUCCCUUGAGAAGGUCCAGUCCUUACCUUACUGAAAUCUCUCCCCUUCUUUAUAUUCUUAUUUCUGUCUUAACCUCCUAUGCCAGUUUCCUCUUGCCUUCCUCUCAUUUCUUUCUUCAAUCAUCCAGCUUCCUCCAGCCCUGAUUCCUUUUACCUGGGCCUGCUUAAAUCUCUAGUUUUAAGAAUUAGAGUUCUUGGUGUAAACUGUGAAGACUCUGGCAUUCUGUGUUCAAGUCCUCUGUUUGCUUCAUUGGUUUGUUAUACUUCCUCACAUGGGAAAUGAUGUCCCAAGGUGUGAGAUCAUUGGGCUCCCCACAUCCCUAUGAUCUCUAAAAGGGAAGGGAGAGAGCUGCCUGAUUAGAGGUGUCAUGGCCAAAAGAUCAGCUUUGGCUCCUGAGACUACCCGACUCAAGAAGCUCUUGACUAAGACUGCUACUAGCCCAGAGUCUUCUGCUCUGGCCAAAGAUUCAUCCCCUUUGAUGCUUGUAGCUCUUGCUUAUACUUCAACUCUUGCUCUCGUAGAUAUCAGAGCUUUCCCUUCAUCCCAAAGACUUGAGGACCUUGUAAGUCUUCAAUUAUGAGGAGCUGUCAUCCCAACAUCGCUGCCACCAAACUCAACCCAUGGCCUUUGGAGAGUUCUUGACUGCCACCUGCUUCAUCAUUCAUUCCUUCCACAGAUGUCUGUGGACUGAACCCAAGGUCAUAGUUUGAAAGGGCUGCCUAUCACUUGAACCCUAGAAGGCACCUGCUCUGAGAGGAGCAGGCACAUUGGCCACAUUGGCCACUCUGCCAUCCUCUCUGAAUCUGGGAGGAUUUCCGAAUAGUUUCAAGAGGCUUGCUAUGCUUUAACAAAGUAUUUUCAGGGCUUAAGUGUUAUUUUUUAUAAGCAGUGCAUUUUAAUGGUAGGUUAAACAUGAAAGACAAGUCCUUCUGGUCCCUCUCUUUGUUUUUGGAAGAUGGCAUAUCAAAGAGAGAGAGAAAAAAAAAAGGACCGAGGCUCUAGAACCUUGGCUUCUAGUUCUGGCAUUUGUCUCCAUCUUGCCAUGUGACUAUGGGCAAGUCACAUUCCAGUGCCUCAGUUUCCUCACUUAUAAAAUGAGAGGCUUUGGAUAAAUGAGCCCCCAAAGUUUCAUCCAGCUCUUAUGCUCUAGGGUUUUCAGUCUCCACGCUCCCUUCUCUAAUUCAUCCCCAUUUCAACUGAGCUGUGCCCAUCGUACUCUGCCCGCCCUGUGGCAACAUCACUAGACUCCUCGCCAGAUUUUGGAUGGAACCAAUGGGUUUGGCAUUGUAGCUGAAAGUUAAAACCUGACCGCUCAACGGGUCACCAAUCACGUGUCUCAAAAGCUUCUCAUAUAAACAUACAUAAAAUACCUGGGUGUCUGUCGCUGUGAAAUUCUGAGUUUGGAGUUUUCAUUUUUGAUGUUGUCCUUAUAGCUGGAGGGAGGUAACUCUGCUUUCAAUGAGGGGACAGGCUGAAAGAUGGCCCAGAAGUCUGACCAUGACAUUUGGGCAUGGAAUUUGUAUUUAAGGACAAAUGGGAAAGUUGUUCCAUGUCUCAAAGGAGCAUGCUUGGCAGAGGUUCUGUGUGGCAAGGGAUGUCAUCAUAUCCCAUGCCACAGCAUGCAUCGCAAAGACCACAUCUGGAUGCUGAAGCUCCACCUUGACUGGAGAAGACAAGGCAUGACUACCAGAGCUACUGGGAGGCGGGUCUCUACCCCAUCCCAGUAUCUUUUCGGCCCCUCUUCAUGUUAUUAUCACCCUCCCCAUGAAGGCUUGCAAAGCACCAAUGGAAAUUCCAAGUCUCUGUCAUCAAACCCAUCUUGUAAAUCGCAAACACAUUAACCUUCCAUCAUUCAGAAAAGAAAAUGAUGCUGUGUGUUUGCUUAACAACCUCCCUCAUAUAAGGGAGGAGAAGACCCUGCUCAACACUGCUGCCAACCCUCCAAUGCCACUCCAAAGGAGGACUCAUUCAUUUGCUUCAUAGUGGCAAAUACGUCUCUAUCCUGUAAACUCAACUAGAUAUUUUGUAGUAAGGAAUUCUUGAAAUUCUCUAAUAAAAGGCAAUUCUUACUGUAACAUUUUUAGUUUGGGGACACAAUUUCCUAAUGGGGGUUAAGGCACAUUUUUACUCAUUAGCUGGAUUUAUGGAUUCUAUGUUUAUUAUAUGGUAGUAUUAUGAAAAGUACCUUUCUAUCUGUACCUCUGCAGUUUCUCCAUCACUCACAGGCCUCCAUUACUGCUUCUGUACAAAGUCACCAUUCUCCUUUCCUGUCAAAGCACACCCUAUGUGUACUGUAAACAGAGAUUGCUUCAGUAAGAUUUAGUCUUAAGGAUUUUUUUCCACUUUUGUCAGUAACAGAUAUUUAUGGAUCAAAAAAAGUAAAAUAAAAUAAAGCUGUUUCAACAUAA